AUGACAAUUCUGGAAACAGCAUUUUCGGAAAAACUGAAGACCUUAGGUCUUCGAUCGCUUCCGCUGUUCGCUCCUGUCUCUGUCGAGCCCGAGUUAUAUGGCCGCCAGAAUUUCCCAGAACUUGAACGAAUUACUUCUCUGGAUACACACAGUACGAAGAUUAAAUGUGUAUUGUGGUGGCCUACUGGAAGGCAUGACAAGGUAGUUACUGCUGAUGAGGAUACUAUCUUUCUGUGGAGCAUGGAUACUUCAAAGAAGACUGCUCAGAACAAGUUACUGCGUACAUUUGACAUUUAUCAUUAA